AUGAAUUGGAUUGCUGUUACUCUUCGUUAUGCAGGGGGACCUCGACUACGGUUCACGCGAACACCAUCUGGAAGUGACAAAUUUGGUGUUUCUCGCAAAAUAUCGUUUAGGACUACCAAUUAUUCCUCAUCUAUGAAUGAACUUCUUUUCAGUAUUGAAACUCUACAAGAUGUGAUUCGGAGCAUUGAGAAAACGUUAUCUGCAUUUGAACUUGUUCGAAAUAACUCUGAGAAGGAUAAAGGGAAAGCUGAACUGUUGUCUUCAGUUAUUGAUCGGUUGAAGGUAGUUGAAACUGACUUAAAUCGGGUUUCAGCUGAAGAGGGUUUUGAUAAGCUUUCAAGCGUGCCUCUAGAUGUCUCAUCUGUUCGAUCAGGAGCACUAUCAGUACUCUCUGAUGACACGUUUAUGUCUGCAUUGGAUGAGUUUCAAACCAACUUGGAUGACGCUGAUGUCCUGAUGCGUGAACCGAUUAAUCUUGAGAAAGAUGCUUUAGCUUUUUACCGUGAGGGUAUGUCAGCAGCACUCGCAGGCAGUGUCGUUACACGGAAGUGUCGACUUGACUUUUGCCAGUGUGAAGACGAACUUGAUUUUAGAGCCAAAGUCUGGUGUUUAAGAAAGGGAUUUUCUAAUAUAUUGUCAAAUGAACAUAAUCGACUGUGGUUAACUCAGUCAGCGCGUAAAUUUUUUGCUGAUUUAUUGCGUCACGCGAAAAAGGAUCCUGUUCCUUUUUUUAAAGCUUACGACGAAAUGACUAAUUUCCUUAAUGAUAGUAAUAAUUUGGAGUUGGUAGAAACGGAACUGAAACAAAGGAAGGUUGCGGAGUUGGGAUUCUGGGACGUAGUCCUAGAUUUCAUUUUAAUUGACUCGUUCGAAGAUCUGGCUCGACCUCCGUCAGCUGUUCUGGCUGUUACUAGAAAUAUGUUUCUAAGUCAGUCGAUGAAGGAGUCUACUCUUUCUACGUUAAUAUGGUCUAUGUUACAGGCUAAGAGAGCAAGGUUACCGAUCCGAAAUGGCUUUAUUUCUCAUUUUUACGAUAUAUCUGAAGUAGUUUCUCCUACAAUUACGCUUGGUUUCCUUGGAACUGAUGAACAUAUGAGGGAAUUAUGCGAUUAUUUCAAGGAGCAGAUGUGUUCCUUUAUUGUUGACGUUUUCAACAUCAAUCGAGUUCGGUACACUUCUUUGACUGAUUUAGCUGAAGAUACCUGGUUGAUCCUCCAAGCAAGAGUAGAAAUGAUUCAGACUCGCAUUAAUACUGAAUUGUUACCGAGUUAA